GUCGCGCACCUGCGAAUUAAUUGUUGUUUACAAACAAUUCCACGACACAAUCCGUCUGUUGCACCACGCGCGUCGGGCCAGUACGUCUGAUAAGGUUUAAUCUGGCCGAGCUCUGCGGACAUGGAUCCGCCGAUAAUCGCCGAUCGCGGUUAUCACGCGUCCGCUGCUCGCCGGCGGCGCGCGCGCAGUCCUCACACUCACUUCGCUCCCGGCCGCUCCACAGCCGGCUGCCUGGCUCCAUAUACGACUAUCUUUACCAAAAUCCACUAAAUAUAACGCUAUACGGACACUUGCAUUGUAAGUUAAAUUAAAGUCAACUUUAAAUAUUACAUACUCACUUUUAAAUGCAUCUUAGUGAAUUUUAGUUGAUUAUUUCAGGAGCACCAUGCUACGCGACGGCAGCAGUGCGGUCAGCGAGGACGUCCUCCUUAGCGACGAGCUCCUCUUCGAGUACUCGCCGGCCGAGAGCCUCAUCAACUUCGAGCUGCCGAGCCUCGGCUCCGGCUCCGACGCUGACGACUGGCAGUUCAGUGACUUGGACAUAAAUUGUGAUGCGUUUGUGAGUAGUAGCGUAAGAAAUACGGACGAUGCGAGAUCUCGAUCGCCAGUGCUAUUCGAUUUCGCCGAUUUGGACAAUACUUUCGACUUCGAUGAGUUCCUGAUGGAAGCUUUGAGUAGUGACCGUUCGAAUGACGCGCCGCACUCGGGCUCCGAGACCACGGACAGUAGCGAGGAGUCACUGGGGAGGCUGUCGGUUCUGGGCAUCGAUUUAGAGUCGAUGCGAGUACAAGAAAGCAUCUACGAACCCGAGGAGGAUGCGUCGAAGCGGGAGACAGAGCCGAAGACUGAGAAGCGUUCGUGGGGCGAGCCGCAGUUCUGUCCGACGAUGGGAGUGUUCCGGUGUCCAGUGGAAGAGUGCGGGAAGGUGUACGCGAAGGCGUCGCACGUGCGCGCACACCUGCGGCGGCACAGCGGCGAGAAGCCGUACCGGUGCACGUGGGGCGGCUGCUCGUGGCGGUUCGCACGCUCCGACGAGCUGGCGCGCCACCGCCGCAGUCACUCCGGCGACAAGCCAUACCGGUGCGGCGAGUGUGGGAAGCGUUUCGCCCGCUCCGACCACCUGGCCAAGCACGGCCGGGUGCACGCACGCCGCGCCGCCGCGGCCGCCGCUGCUGCCGCUGCCGCGGCGGCCAACGCGGCCAGAAGACCUGCCUCUUACGGGUAUCGGACGCGAAGACUUGUGUGAUUAACGAAUCUCCUAGGAUAUGGACCUACAAAUAUAUUUUUUUGCGCGGGCGCGAAAUAUUUAUGUGAACUUGUCAGAUGUCAUUUUAAAAUGUGUUUUGUGACUCAUAUUU